GUGUCUGCCUUGGUUGGUUAGCCACACCAGGUACUCCUGUAGGUACCAUUCGCAACCAUCUAUGAACAGGCGGGAGGUGGUCAACAAAUGGAAUGUGCUGAAGGAAGAAGUUGUGGAAGCCACCUCCACUCACAACCUUAUGGCCAGAUUCGGCAAAGAAUUUGAACGUCAGAAUAAUUAAAUUGAAACGCAACAUAAAGAGCAUAAAGGGCAUAAAAACCUCAACUGCCACAUAAUCCCUUAAUUAGACGUACGUUGGACAACUCGCCCCACCGUUGAGGAGUUGAUGCUAGAGAAGUAAUUACCUGUUGGUGCGAGAGACCGUCUGUAUGCCUUCGUGCAAAGUCUGCCUCGAGGAGUACACCCUUGGUGGCAGGAGGCCGCUCCUGCUGCCUUGCGGCCACACCUUCUGCAGGCAGUGCCUCAUUCUGGUACAAUCUUCGCCUUGCACCGGUUGUCCCAUGUGUAGGGCGUCACUCGUCGGUGUGGUGCUGCAUGACCUGCCUGUCAACUACGACCUUUUGGCCUACGAAGACGAUUAUUUUGCUCCCAACACAACUAGUCUCGUAGACGAUAUGGUUAAACGAUCACUCAUGCUGGGAGCUUCCUCAAGGAAUACAGGGACAGCCAGCGCUAUAAUGAGCUCUCAGGGCAACACGUGGUCUGAUUCACAGACUUGCAUCGGUUUAAAGAAUCAGAGAGUGGCACAUUGGAGAGCUGAUCAGAGUCAUACCAUUCAUCGAACGAAUCCUGGAAGAUCUGACCAGAGCCAUUAUCAUCGAGUGAAUCCUGGAAGAUCUGACCAGAGCCAUUAUCAUCGAGUGAGUCCUGGAAGAGCUGACCAGGGUCAUAACAUUCAACGAGAAAUUAUUAUAAGAAAUUAUCAGAGUCGUCCAAGUCAUCAUGUGCCCAAGCGCUUGCCGGACAGUGAUACCAACAUAAACUCUCUUGUGGAUCCACAGCAGCAACCAACGUCAAAGCAACUUCCGCCAGAGCUACCAACUACCACCUACACAAUGAAGGGAAGCGGUAAGAGAAGCGAGGACAAGGAGGAUGAUAAUGUGUUCUCUGCGGCCAGCGGAGAUCUGGGGUUGUCUGCGGCCAGCGGAGAUCUGGGGUUGUCUGCGGCCAGCGGAGAUCUGGGGUUGUCUGCGGCCAGGGGAGAUCUGGGGUUCUCUGCGGCCAGCGGAGAUCUGGGGUUGUCUGCGGCCAGGGGAGAUCUGGGGUUCUCUGCGGCCAGCGGAGAUCUGGGGUUGUCUGCGGCCAGCGGAGAUCUGGGGUUGUCUGCGGCCAGGGGAGAUCUAGACGUAGUGAAGGAGCUCAUCAGGCGAGGCGCUGAUGUCAACAGCGAUAAGCAUGAAGUGCAUGGUAGACGAGUGCUGCACCUGGCCGCUGAAGCUGGCCACAAGGUUGUGGUUGAAGUGUUGCUGCGGGCUGGGGCCCAUGUGGACGCAUGCGACCAUCAAGGCUUCACAGCUCUACACCUGGCAUCGUGGGCUGGCCACAGCAGAGUCGUCAACCUCCUCCUGAGAUACAAAGCAGACGGGGAAAUUUUGGCUCAAGGCAAAGGAGCCUUCCACUGGGCAGCAUUGGGGGGCCACGUCUCGGUCCUUCAAGAACUUGACAGACACCAGAGAUUCAACCGACGCUCACAAACCAGCGACCACAAGACGGCACUCCACCUGGCGGCCGACAACGGCAACCUGGAGGCUGUCCAGUGGCUGGUGGCGCACGGGGUCGGCCUUAACAUCAAGGACGAGGCUGGUCAUACAGCAGAGGACUACGCUAGAGACGAGGGUCAUUUUAACAUCGCCAGCUACCUCUGCAGGCAGGUUCUGCUGCAACAGGUGAAGCUGUUGGAGAGUGCUGCAGAAGGAGUUCUGUUGGUGGUGAAGGAACUCGUCAACAGCCUCGUCGGCGUCGAGUGCAGGAGCCAACAGGAGGGACAGAUGGGGCGUCGGCCGCUGCAGGUUGCUGCUGAGAAUGGGCACAUUGAUGUGGUUCAAGUCCUUCUGGAUGCUGGGGCCAACCCUGAUACCCCUGACGACCAAGGCAACACAGCCAUGCACUACGCGGCCUCUGGGGGCCAGGUGGAGGUACUGGACCUGUUGAAAGAGAAAGGAGCCAACUGUUUCGUCAGGAAUCAGGACAACCAGACGCCCUUGCACAGCGCUGGCGCAGCCGGCAAAUUAGAGGCAAUGAUCUGGCUACUGGAGCAAGGAGUGUCUCCCUUCCUCGCCACCUGCGCCGGCGACACGCACGAAGACCUAGCCAGGAAGAACGGACACGAAAACAUUGUCGCCGUUCUCCGACACUACUACUGCUGACCCGUUAUGGAGGUGUUCCAGCAGCAUCCAGCUGGCUUUGAAGGCCUCUUAACCUGUCGGUACACUUGUGGGUGUACACACGCACAACAUCACAAAUACAGAGAUACGAACACUCACUUAGCUAUAUCUAGUAUAUGAUUCAUGAAGUAGACACCAAAUCAUAACUACAUCUAAGAUACUACUCAGAAAGAGUUUAAGUUGCCUCCCCCUAAAAAAGGGGGAGAGGGGGAGAAGGAAGCUAAUGACUACAGAUGAGUAAUAAGAUCACAGUUGAUGAGAUGAGCUAGUUUACCCUGAAAUGCAUCAAUAAUGUGUUCGAUAAAAAUGUAAAAUAUCAGGUAAAGCAAGCUAUUAAAGCGAAGGGCUCACACAGAACCAAUGUCAUUUAAAUAAAGCUAAUGAAAACCAAAGUGGAAAUUAUCUACACCAUACUUAGACAGCAUGGAAGGGAUGCAUAUAUGAGCAAAAAUAUCUAAU